GAAGGGUACGCAUCAUCAUAUUCGACUUAAUAUUCAUGAAGUGAGAUCGGCUACAGUAGCGCAUGUAGUUUUCGGCAGCGGGAUGUUUGAUAUUCGAUGGAUUCACGUGCAGAUUAUUACCUGGGAUUUGAUUUCAGCACGCAGCAGCUGAAAGUGAUCGCUAUCGAUGGAAACCUGACAGUUAUUUAUCAGAAUGCUGUUCAUUUCGACAGCGAGCUGCAGGAGUUCAGGACUCAUGGAGGAGUUCAUAUCCAUGAUGAUAAACUUACAGUAACAUCACCUACACUGAUGUGGGUGAAGGCACUCGAUGUUCUCCUGAAGAAAAUGAGCGACUCUGAGUUUGACUUCUCUCGUGUCAGAGCCAUCUCAGGCAGUGGACAGCAACAUGGCAGUGUAUACUGGACGAAAGGUGCUAAAGAAACCUUGAAUAAUCUCGACCCAGAACUAGACUUGCAUGUGAUAUUACAGGAUUGUUUUAUGGUUGAAGACAGUCCUGUUUGGAUGGACUCCAGUACUACAGAAGAGUGUCAGAACCUGGAGACGGCACUAGGGGGCGGUCAUUUGCUCGCUAACGUCACUGGAUCACGAGCAUAUGAACGCUUCACUGGAAAUCAGAUUGCUAAGAUGUGGCGUUUGAAGCAGCGUCAAUAUGAUCUAACAGAGAGAAUAUCACUGAUAAGCAGUUUUGCUGCAACUCUUUUUCUGGGCGACUAUGCACCGAUCGACUACAGUGAUGGCUCAGGGAUGAAUCUGAUGGCCAUUUUUACCAAAAAUUGGUCAAAGUCUUGUCUGAGAAACACAGCACCUCGGUUGGCCCGAAAACUCGGUGAUCCGGUGGCGUCCACUGCUGUUCUGGGUGAGAUAUCUCCAUAUUACACUCAACGCUACGGCUUUUCAAAGAACUGUAAAGUGGUGGCGUUUACCGGAGACAAUCCUGCAUCACUGGCCGGUAUGAGACUGUGUGAAGGAGAUAUAGCUGUGAGUUUAGGCACCAGUGACACUGUGUUUCUGUGGAUUAAACAGCCAAUACCCACUGUAGAGGGUCACGUCUUCUGUAAUCCUGUCGACUCCGAUGCAUACAUGGCUUUAAUAUGCUUUAAAAAUGGCUCUUUUACUCGAGAGAGAAUCCGUAAUGAACUCGCUGAAGGAUCAUGGGAUAAUUUCUCCAGUGCACUGAAGUCAACACCGAUGGGCAACAAUGGAAAUUUAGGGAUGUAUUUUGAUGUGAUGGAGAUCACACCUCCGGCCGUUGGCGUUUACAGGUUUAAUGCUGAAGGUCAGCAGGUCGAUGUCUUUGAGCGUGAGGUGGAAAUUCGAGCUCUUAUUGAAGGACAGUUCUUGGCUAAACGGGUUCAUGCUGAAAAGCUCAACUACAAGAUCAUUCCAGGUACACGUGUGCUGGCGACAGGAGGAGCGUCAUCAAACAAGGACAUUUUACAAGUGCUAAGCGAUGUCUUUAAUUCUCCAGUAUACACCAUUGAUGUGACCGAUUCGGCCUGUCUGGGCUGUGCGUAUAGAGCUUUACAUGGUGUCGUGGGAGAAGAAGAGUCGAUGUCUUUCGUGGAGUUGCUCAGAACGGCUCCAGAUCCUCAGCUGGCUGUCACACCGACUCCAGGAGCUCAAGAGGUUUACACACCACUGCUGCACAGAUUUACAGAGCUGGAGGCAGAAAUUCUCAAGAACAAAUCAAAGUGAAUCAGCUCGGAAACAUCAAGUGUGAAUGUUUUUUCUUUUAAAUAUACAUCACUUACAAUAAACGUGAUGGCAGUGUUUUAAAGGGCACCUACAAUCCACAGUGUGUGAACACAACCACCCUACAAUGAAAAAAAAAUCCACCCACUCCUUUUUUAAUCCUUAUUAAACCAAAGCAAUCUCAUUAGACAUGCUGUUUUGAUUCUCUUGUUAAUGUGAUGUCACACUGAUAAAGCCCCGCCCACAGCCACUGACUGACUGGUUAAUUUAACCCAAAAGUUUUUUUAAGUGUGUUUGUUUGCAUGUUGUAGCGCUAAUGCGCCUAAAGAUACUAUUGUCCCAGACAGGAAUCUUUUUUACUCCCACCCAAAUAGGGGCAUUAUGGGGCAUUAUGGACAUGAUAUAUUAAUUGAUGUGAGGGAUAUUUUGAGUUGACAGCAAAUGUGUAUUGAUUGGCUGUGAUUGAUGGCAGUGUUGACAGAUGAAUUAUUUAAAAAUUAAAGUCAUGCCAUCCACAUUGA